CAGCUAGCAAACAAAAAAUAAAUCACAACACGUCACCGAAUGACAGGUUCUUCCCCCUAUAUAUUUCCUUAAUAUUCCAACCACUCCUAUCAAGCAGCUUACACUAGAGACUCGCUUCUCAACCAUUUCGCAUUUAUACCAUCAUUCCUCGAAAGUUCCCAACCUACCGUUCCCCGCAUCCUCAUUCCACCAUGAACACAGCCUCGGAGGGGGACAAGGCCGCCGCGGCCUCUGACUGGGCUGCAGCUAUCAAACACUACACAAACGCGCUUAUAGAACUACCGCGUGCCCCAGGCUACUACAUCAAACGAUCAACAGCCUACUCUCGCCGCAAGGACGGCGAGGGCGGCCCAGACUACCACGCCGCGCUUCGAGACGUCGAGCUCGCUCUAGCCCUUGCUCGUGAACGCGGCAAGCGAGAACUAAUAAUCGAAGCCCAAAUACGGCGCGCCAUUGUCUUUUUUCAGUUGGAAAAAUACGGUGACGCGGGGUACCUGUUUGACAUUCUUGCCGAGAAACUCGGGGUUGGAGAGAAACAAAAAGCAGAGGAUAAAUCGGCACAAGUGCAGGCUGCAAUGACGCAAAAAGGAUCCCAGAAGCAAGAGAAUGAGUUGUCGAUCUGGAAGAUCAAGGUCAAAGGGAAAAUCGACAAACUGGACGCAAAUGAUCAGAGGUUGGCCGUCACGGUUAAGGAAUAUCCAGAUACCAAAAUCCCGUCGGAGCAAGAGCUUAAGAAAAACCUCACGGCCCAGUUGGCAGCCUCAACGACUUCGGGGAUUGUCGAGGAGCUGCCUGACGAUAAGCCAGCUGGAGACAAGACAAAGGAGACGAAGUUGGAUGUAGCUGGUCCUGGCUCGGCUGCGCCUUUCACAGCCGGUCCUGGCGCACCUCCAGCUGCAGCGCCAGCGCCAGCGCCAGUCAAAGUUCGACAUGAGUGGUAUCAGUCUCAUGACUCGGUAGUUGUGACGGUAUAUGCCAAAAAUGUCAAGAAAGAUGAGUUAGAAGUCGAUCUGCAAGAUGACUCGUUAUCUCUUGAAUUCCCCCUAUCAACUGGGUCUACGUUUGCAUUUAAUCUAGACCCCUUUUACUCUUCUAUCGACCCAGCACAAUCAAAAGUCAACGUUCUAUCUACGAAGAUCGAGAUUACACUUCGCAAGAAAACACCCGGACAAAAAUGGGGCGCAUUAGAAGGGACUGCUACAGAUACAAAACCCAUAAUAACACCAAGCAUCCAGCCUUCUCAAUCCACCGCACCGUCAUAUCCCACAUCCUCAAAACACGGUGUCAAAAACUGGGACAAACUUGCCACUGAUCUGACAAAGAAGAAGGACAAAAAGUCUGAGGCUAAGAAACCCGAAGACAAUGCCGGGUCAGGAGGCGACGACGACGACGACGACGCAGAGUCCAUCGACUCAGAGUAUGGCGGCGGGGACGCAGUCGACUCGUUUUUCAAGAAACUCUACGCAAAUGCAGACCCGGACACGCGACGCGCAAUGAUGAAGAGUUACCAGGAAAGCCAGGGUACAUCUCUGAGCACAAACUGGGAUGAAGUGGGCAAAAAGACGGUGCCUGUUCAUCCGCCAUCGAGCGAUUAAGCGGUGUUUCUUACAUCACCAUUUUUAUGACAUGGCCUUUGAGACAUGGGAAGCGGCAGCUCUGCAUUCGAUCACUUUCUGAGGUCGUGGCGUUUUUUUUUUCUUUCUAAUCUUUAUGCGAAGGGAACUUUGAAGUUUGCAGCACGUGGAGUUGAGGGAAUCGUCAGCCAACUGAGAAAGCGAAGGUUGGUAUUAAUUAGGUACUUUUAUAUAAGGUUUAUUUUUACACCAAAAAUAGAAUUUCAUCCAUCACA